GAAUAUUUUUCAAAAUAUUAGGAUUUAGUAUAAUUAAUUUCCGUUUUUCAAAAAAAAAACCUUGUGUCAUUCUCAUAAGUUAGUUUUUUUAUAUUUCGUAUUACAAAUAUAUAUAUAUAUAUAUAUAUAUAUAUAUAUAUAUAUAUAUAUAUAUAUAUAUAUGACCGACUCCGGCGGAGAAGACGGCGACGACGACACCGUGAACUUUUACCUAACGCUGUAAGAAUGGUUUCCGCGGCCACCUUGUUCCGGUACACGCUCAACAAAGGCGAGUAUGUGUUUUCUCUCUGCAAAAAGAACUACUUAGCAGGACAUAUCAACGAAGGUGAUGCCAUGGUUAAGAAUUUCUUUCUAGGAAGGUUAACAUUCUUGCAGCAUUUCAAUAAAGGGGAGGAAAUGUCACCAACGAUAGGACCUCAGGGUGGAACUCUUCUUGUUCGGAAGAUAGCUAUACCAAAUCCCAUGCAUGUUUUUGUAGGAGAUGUUGUAGUCCUUAAGGACCCUGUCAAGUCAGAUGAUUUUCUGGUUCGAAGAUUGACUGCAAUUCAAGGAUAUGAGAUGGUGUCAAACAAUGAAAAAGAUGAACCUUUUGUUCUUGAAGAAGAUCAGUGCUGGGUAGAAGCUGACAAUGGAAACAUAAAGCCCAAGGAUGCAUAUGACAGCCGUACUUUUGGGCCGGUAUCCAUGGCAAACAUUGUUGGUAGAGUUAUUUACUGUCUAAGAUCAGCCGUCGACCAUGGCCCCAUCAAUAACAGUAAAUUUGGCGCAACGAAGGAUUAUCCCGUGCUUGAAGUUGAGUUGGAUGUGGAGGAGAUGAUCAAGAAUCACAAAGAAUAGUAUUCAUAAAUCCUGUUUGGCUUUCUGCAAUAUAAUGGCUUUCAGUUUGGGAUAAGCUUGCUUUCAGAGGGCUGGCAUUGGAACUAACACUUUGAGAAUUUG